AUGAAAUCUACAACCACUACAAUAAAUAAUAAUUCAAUUUUAAUAAAUUUUUUAAAUAUAAAUAAUUCUAUACCAAAAAUUGUAUUGUUAAAAAUAUUAGUUUAUGUUCAUAAUGGAAUUUAUCCAAGUGAACCUUUUUUAUGUUGUAUGGUUGUAUGCAAAUAUUGGAGAGAUAUAAUUCCAAAAUCAUUAAAGACACUCCGCUUUAACAAUUGUAGUGAUGCAACCAUGAGAUCAUUGAUGAUGUGCUCCAUUUUAAAACAAGAGUUUAAUGAGUCUUUGGAACAGGUUAUAGUGAAUCAACCACAAUCAACAGAGUCAUUACUCAAGGUAUUGUCAUUGUUGACAAUGCCUUUCUUUAGCAAAUCUUCAUCAAUACUGUAUCAGCCACCAUUGAAAACAUUGGAAAUCACUUCAAUAGAUUUGACAGAUAGAGGUGUAGAAAUAAUAUCCAAUAUACUAUUGGUUUAUAAUAUAAAAAAGCUGGUUUUAAAGGGGGUUCAGCUCAACGAUAAUCAUCUAAUAACAUUAUCAAAAUCACUAAAAAUGAACCAUUUUAAUUGUCUACAGCAUUUAGAUAUUUCACACAACCAUUUUACAAAGCAGGGUUUAGAAUUCCUUUUUCAGACACUCAUCGAGUCCCAUAAAGAAAAUCAAAUUGAUAAUAUAAAAAAUUCAAAUAUAUUUUUUAAUAAUCAAAAUAAUUCCCUCAAUUCACUAUCAAAUUUAAAUCACACCAAUAAUAAUAAUAAUAAUAAUAAUAAUAGUAAUAAUAAUAAUAAUAAUAAUAAUAAUAAUAAUAAUAAUAAUAAUAAUAAUAAUAAUAUUAAUAAUAAUAAUAAUAAUAGG